AUGAAUACUUUGUUUUGGGUCACUAACUUGGAAGGUAUUAUUGCCAGACAGUGACCAUAAUAGCCAGGUAAAUUGUAUUGUCACCAGAGAAGUGAAAACAUACUCAGGUGCGGACUGACAACUAAUGGGGCCCCGGGCAAUAGGGGAUCAUGAGGCCCCUGUGUCCUUGCCUGUGUCCUUGCCCAAACUAAAAAAAGCGUAUGAAAAAGGUACCAGGGGCAUCUCAUGGGGCCCCCUACUGGCCCCGGGCCCUCGGGCAGUGCUCGAGUUUCCAAAUGGUCAGUCCGCCCCU